AUGAUAUAGAGAGUGACAAGUACAUAAAUAGAUGAAAAGAAUUAUGGAUUAUAAAGCUAAGAUCUUCAGAAGAAAGCUUUUGAAAAACUAAAAUUAAGAAUAUUUUAAGGGUAACAACUUAGAACAAUAAUAGUUCGAAAAUAAUUACUAAUUGCAUAGAAUUUCAUAACUUUUUCCAAAAUUGUUUAGAAUUAAUAUUAAAUGAUUUUUAUUUUCCAAAGUAAGAUUAAAUUUAGAAAUAAGUCAAUAUCCUGAUAAUAUCCCCUAUUUCAAAAUGAUGCACAAUGAUUAAGAGUAAACUUUAAAUUUAUUUUAGUGGAUGCUAGAUAAUUUGUUAUGGAUAGUAUUAUCUAGGGUUAAAAAACUCGACAUUUAUAUUUAAAUACAGAGACAAUAGUAAUGAAUCAUUUCAAAAUAUUUUAAUAAAUUAAUAGAUAGAAAAGUGCGAAUAUAACGAAUAGGGUCUCAAAAAAGGAAGAUGGAUUAAAAUAGACAAAAAUUUCUCAAAGUUUUUAAUUAAUUUCAUAAUUGAUUUAGAAAGUGCUAAAUUAUUUAAAAUGGUGAAUAUAAUAACGGUUAAAAGUGCAAUCAAUGGAAUAUACUCUAUAGAAAAAAUUAAAGUGAGGAAUGGACAAUUAUGUAAGAGAAUUCAUAUUAAUGAUACUAGAGGUGGAGGAAAAUAUGAUAGUUAAGGAAAAAAAUAAGGUAAAUGGGUUAUUUUGGAGAAAAAAACAAAGUAAUUGUCAUAUAAAAUAAGAUUUGAUUAUUAUGAUUGGGAAAUCAUAUAUAAGGAUGUAAUUGAUAAAGACAUAUCCUUUAUAAAAUGUGAUCAAUCUUUGCGAUCUAUGUAUAUAAUGCUUCAUUAUCUAAAAAGUGGAAUCCAUUAUUUAUUUAUAUGAUGAUGAUGAAUUCCCUUCUAAAUAUAAAAAGUAUGUAAACCAAAGUUUUCAAUUUUGCAAAUCAAAAAUUUUAGUAAAAUCAAAACUUAUAAUAACAAAUAGGGAUUUAAAAUUUGUUAAUAUUUAGAAGGGAAAAAAUAAGGGGAAUUAAAUAUAGUUUACAACAACAUGAAAAUGUAAAUUCAAUUGUAAAUUUUAGAGGAGGAGGUGAAUUCAAUUUAAAUGGAUGUAAAUAAGGGUUUUGGACAAAAUUCUACAAAUAUAUAACACCGUAUUGAUUAUUUUAAAAUAAAGUCAAAUUUAUGUAAUUUACUAAGGUGAAUAUAAUGAUGGGUAGAAAAUUAAUAAGUGGAGUUAUGAAUGGAUUGAACCUUUAACUAGAAAUUGUAAAAUAAUGUAAUUAAAUCAUUCUAAUCUUUUAGAGGAGGUGGAAUAUAUGAUCAAAACUAACUAAAAUAAGGGGAAUGGACAGAGUUAAGCAAUAAUUUUAAAGAGUAAAAUUGAGUAUUUUAUUCAUAGAGAUUUUUAAGUUAUUUUGACAGGAUAAUAUAAAAAUGGAAUAAAAUAAGGUUAGUGGAAUACAUUAUUUAGAAGAAAUUAAAAAACAAGGUUUAAGAAAAUGUAUGAGUUGAUUUAUUUAAUCAUUUAGUUGUGGAGGUCUUUAUAAUGAAGAAGGUAUAAAAGAAGGUUAAUGGACUGAACUAACUAGCUAUUUUUCAGAGUUUAUUUAAAAAUAAUAUUAAUAGAAAAUGUAAAAUAGUUUGGUGUGGAGAGUAUAAAGGUGGAAAUAAAAAUGGAUAGUGGUUUUUGUAAUAAAAAACAAUAAAAUUUGAUAAAGGAUAAUCUGAGAAAUAAACUGAGAUCAUGUAUAAAUUACUUAUAUAUAAAGAGGAGGUGGUGAGUAUGAUUUAAACAGCUUUAAAAUUGGUAAUUGGACAGAGUUGCUUGAAAAUUAAAAUGAGUAAUAAAUCCUCUUAUAUAUUCAGAAAUUAUUAAGCAGUGAAUGAAGGAUAAUAUCAUAAUGGAAUAAAAACUAACAAAUGGAUAAUUAAAUAUAGAUACUCUGAUAGCUAACCAUUUGAGAUUAUAGGAGGUGGAGAAUAUGAUAAAAAAGGAAGAAAAUAAGGCAAAUGGGAAGAUUUGGCUAAAAAUUUUUCUGAGUAAAUUUAUUUAAUACUGUAAGCUCUUGCCAAUUAAUUGUAAAUGAAAAUUAUUAAGCAGGUAUAAUAUAGGGUUAACAUAUGAUAAAAUUGAGAAAAAUCAGUGGCUCUAAUUUGUAAUUAGAAGACUUGUAAUUUAAAAAAUUAUAAUAUAAAGAGAAAUAGGUUAGCUUAAAUUAGGAAGGAAAGAGGGGAAUUGGAUAGAAAUCUCUAAUAACUUCAAAGAGUAUUUAAAAAAUAUAAAAGACAUUCUUAAAUACUUUAUAAAGGGUUGUACAAUAAAGGGAUUAAGGAAGGAAUGUGGUAAAUAUAAUUUAGGGAAUAAUCCAAUUAGAAAUUUACUGAUAUGUAAUUAUAAUUUUAUAAGAUUAGUGGGGGAGGCUUUUAUGAAAAUGGUCGAAAAGUAUAAUCAUGGAUUGAUAUUGAUGAUGAAUUUUGCAGGUUUAGAUUUUCAAAUAUUUAGAACUCGUUAAUUAAUAUAUAAUGUAGACUAUUAAGAAGGAAAAAAGGUUAAUUUUUGUGAGAUAAAAUAUAGAGGACUUUAAGAGAAUGAGUUUAAAAGAAUGUAUUAAAUUUAUAUAAAAAAAAAGAGGGUAAGGGGAGUAUGAUGGAAAUGGUAUGAAAGAUAAAGAAUGGGUAUAACCAAAUGAAAACUUUUGGAGGUAUAUAUACAUUAAAAAUGAAAAGAUUCAAUUAAUUGAUAGAUUAUGGACAAUACAGAAAUGGUGUUAAAAUAAAAUAAUGGUAAAUUAUAAGAGAUACAAACUUAAUUAUGUAUUUAAUUAAAAAAAAUAACAAGUGAACAAGGCGAUUAUAAUUAAGAUGGCCGUAAACAUGGAAUUUGGGUAGAAUUUGAUGAUAAAGGAUUUAGGUAAAAAUAUAUUUUUAUUAGUAAGAAAUUUUAUAACAAGUUGGUAAGGAACUUAUGAUUAAGGUAAGAAGACAGGAGAAUGGAUUUGGUAAAUAUUUCAAAAACAGAUAAAUUCUUGGAAAUAUGUGUAAGUUAUUUCAAAUUCAAGUAUUUUAGAGGAAAUUUUCAUUAUGAUGAUGAAGAAAUGAAGAAUGGUAUAUGUACUGAAAUAGAUUAAAAUUACCUUUUGUAUAUAAUUAUCUAUAAUUUCAGAAACAAAUUUACAUAUAUUGGAAUGUAUUCUAAUGGAAGAAAAGUUGGACAGUUUAAGGAGAAAUUAAAUAAAAUUUGA